AUGCCUGAGGAAGGAUGGUUCCUCGAUCACACUUUGGAAGAUGUGAUCAGCGAGGAGGUAUCCAUACCUCAUCGAGUGAGUUCAAAGUUGGUGAAAUUAUUUGCUGAUGGAAAUGAAGUUGCGUACAUCGCACGAUAUCGAGCUGAUGCUCAUGAAGGGAUGUCGUGUGAUCAGAUUCGACAAUCUUUCAAGGUCUUUAAUGAAACUAAGGAGCUCAAUAAGAAAGUCGAGAAAGCAAUCGCAAAUGUUUCGACAAAGAUCAAGUCCGAGAGCGAUCUCAGAGUAGCUUUGGAGCGACUCAAGUCCGCAAGAGAAUCGGCUGAUGUUACCGAAGUAACUCAACUAUAUGCAAGUGCUAGAAAGACCAAGGCUUCCAUAGCUCGAGAACUAGGUUUGGAAGAAGUUGCACAAGCUAUACUAGAGGGUGGUACAAUCCAUCUAGAUCGCUUUGUCGGCUCAAAGCCUGAGCUGAAAAAUCUGAAAAUUGUCGAAGAGAACAUUGCGAAUGCCAUGGCUGAUAUGCUGAACAAAAUGCAAGAAACACAGGAUGCAAUCAAAAGAAUCACAAAGCUGGAAACAAACGUUUUUCUCUGCGUUUGCUCUGAGUUAUCUAACAAAGCGAAGAAAUGGACGGAAAAUGAUAAAUCAUACCGGUUGAUUUCAAAUUUCAACGAUUAUCUGAACUUCAAAAAGGAUGCUAGAAAAGUGGAGAACUAUCAGAUACUUGCCAUGGACAGAGGAGAGGAGAAUGAAGUGCUCACCUGGAAAAUAGAAGUAGCUUAUGCUGAAAAGGAGCAUCCGGGAAAUGCAGUUCGAGUUGCCUCUGCGCAUAGAGAACUAUUCCAAACCGCUCUUAGAGAUUCUAUAAAUCGACUGUUUAUCCCGAAAAUUCAGCGAACGUUGCGACGACUUCUUCUGGCUCGCGCUGAAGAAGCAGCGAUUUCGUGCUUUGCCCACAACUUGCGCCAUUUGUUCUGGCGCGAAGGAGUAAAGGCUGAAAGUGUUAUCGCCUUGGAUCCU